GAAGGAGGGGGGGGGGGGGGGUACAGGAAUGAAAAGUGGUCGGUAGACGGAAGUUAAGGCGGACUCAAUCACAACACGCGUUUUGUUUACGGUCAGGAAGGAAACUUCUAAUUUCCAAGACCGUAUAAACUAUACCGCACUUAGUCACGGUUACCACGUUCUGACACAACUAAAUUCAGACGAACUGAAGAUACCGGCCGGGAAGGAUUUUAUCACUGUAAACAUUGUCAGGUGAUGGGAGUCGUCAGGACCUAGCUGGAGCGUCUGUCAUGGAGAACGACUGCAGGCCUCUGCUCAGCGCAGAGCAGGCCGGGGAGAGCUUCUCGCACAGAGGCUCCACAGACUCACUGGACUCCAGAGCUAAAAGACCUUUCUACGUGGAGCCGAGGAACAUCGUAGACGAUGAACCGCAGGAGCGCGUGUCAGCCGAGGCUGCCGUCCUCAACAGCAGAGUGCAUUACUAUAGCAAACUAACUGGCUCUUCUGACAGGCUGCUGAGUCCACCAAACCAUGUGAUCCCCCGGACAGAGGAGAUCUACAUCUACAGCCCACUGGGGACAGCUUUCAAGGUGUCAGGAAAAGACCACUUGACGAAAAACCCCAGUAUCAUUACCAUAUUUGCAAUAUGGAACACGAUGAUGGGCACAUCCAUACUCAGUAUACCUUGGGGUAUAAAGCAGGCCGGUUUCACUCUUGGGAUCCUCAUCCUCAUCUUCACAGGCUUACUUAUGCUGUACUGUUGUUACAUUGUCCUCAAAUCACCAAAGGCAAUAUCCUGUGUGGACACGUCCGACUGGGAAUUUCCUGAUGUCUGCCGGUACUACUUUGGCAAGUUUGGCCAGUGGUCCAGCUUAGUCUUCUCAAUGGUGUCUCUUGUUGGAGCCAUGGUGGUUUAUUGGGUCCUCAUGUCCAACUUCCUCUACAACACUGGGCAGUUUAUCUACAACUAUGCUCAUCAUGUUAACAUAUCAGAUUCAGAGUUUGGGACCAAUGACACGGAUCGAGUAAUUUGUCCGUACCCAAACACGGACACUGAAGAGAACCACACCAUCGGAACACAUUACAUCAGUACCGGUGGAAAUGAUACAUCUGAUGUCAACUCCUUUGAACACUGGUGGAGCAAAACCAACACCGUACCACUCUUCCUCGUCGUUCUACUGCUUCCGCUGCUUUGCUUCCGCUCAGCCUCCUUCUUUGCAAGGUUCACCUUCUUGGGCACCAUAUCAGUGAUCUACCUGAUUGUUCUGGUCACAAUUAAAGCUUUCCGUCUUGGCUUGCACCUUGAGUUCCACUGGUUUGACAGUACCAACUUUUAUGUUCCAGAAUUGCGGCUGCUCUUCCCUCAGCUGACGGGUGUCCUCACGCUGGCUUUCUUCAUUCACAACUGUAUUAUCACACUGAUGAAGAACAACAAGCAUCAAGAGAACAAUGUACGGGACCUGUCUGUGGCUUAUCUCCUUGUUGGUCUGACCUACCUCUAUGUGGGAGUGUUGAUCUUUGCAACUUUUCCAUCACCUCCUCUCAGCAAAGAUUGCAUUGAACCAAACUUCUUAGAUAAUUUCUCCAGUGGCGAUGUGAUGGUUUUUGUGGCUCGGACCUUCCUGUUGUUCCAAAUGAUCACGGUCUAUCCAUUGCUGGGAUACUUGGUGCGAGUCCAGAUGAUGGGACAGAUUUUUGGCAAACAUUACCCCAGUUUCUUCCAUGUCCUCACUCUGAACAUCUUGAUUGUUGGAGUUGGUGUCCUGAUGGCAAAGUUUUAUCCCAACAUUGGAUCCAUUAUUCGGUUUUCCGGAGCAACGUGCGGCUUGGCUUUGGUGUUCGUUUUCCCCUCCUUGAUCCACAUGAUCUCCCUGAGACGACAGGGCGCCCUCGGCUGGCCGUCAGCGGUCUUCCACGGUUUUCUCAUCUUGUUGGGUAUGACCAACCUGGUGGCUCAGUUCUUCAUGUAGACUCCACCUUCCGUGAUGAAAACAGGUAAAAGAUAUUUACAAUCUCUCAAUGGAAUAAAGGACAAUACAAGUGCGUUCAUGUUCAUGGCCACAGUGUGUCGUCAUCAAACUUUUUGUCAUUUGUGGUCAUCAAAAAAGGACAUUUGUGUCACCCCCCCCCCCCCCCCCCCCCCCAUGCCGGAAUCCACUGACAUAAUUAUCGUUUGCCUUGUUCUGUCUCCCAACUAGUGAGAUUUGUGUGAUAAAGGGAGGUAACUUUAGAUGUUUGAUUACUCCUGCUCAGAAGAGUCAUACGAGUUAAAUUGAUCCUGUAUUGUGUUUAAAAUGCGUAUCUGAGAAUAUGAAUAGUCAGCGUGGGUCACAGGGACUGUGUAUCGGUCCAAAGGGAUGCAUAUUUAAAUAUUUAAUAUGUCCGAUUACCUUUAGAAUGAAUGUAUUACCUCUUUAUUCUACAAACUUUCUAGAUGGCAUGUUAGCAUUUCUUAACAAACUGACACUUUAUUUCAUAACUCAUCUUCAAAUGAUUCUGAUAUUCUACAUUCUGUGCUCAUUCUGUACAAUACUGUACCAUUUGUUUCAAUGCAUAAAGUGGCAAAGGGAACAUGUUUGAAAAUAAAGCUCAGAUUCAAAGUG